AUGGGUCCCAGAAACCCCUCUCCCGGUCCCUUAUCAGAAUCAGAAAGUGAGGAAGAAGAAAACGCUAACUACCUAAAUGAGAGUUCUGGGGAAGAGUGGGAUUCCUCUGAAGAAGAGGACCCUGUGGUGCCCAACCUGACCCCUCUGGAGAGUCUUGCCUGGCAGGUUAAGUGCCUUUUAAAAUAUUCAACUACUUGGAGACCUUUAAAUCCUAAUUCCUGGUUAUAUCAUGCUAAACUCUUAGAUCCAAACACACCAGUCCAUAUACUUCGAGAGAUAGGUCUAAGGCUCUCCCAUUGCUCCCACUGUGUACCCAAACUCGAACCCAUUCCUGAGUGGCCACCUCUGGCUUCUUGUGGUGUCCCACCUUUUCAAAAGCCGCUGACAAGUCCCAGCCGGCUUUCCAGAGAUCACGCUACUUUAAAUGGAGCGCUGCAAUUUGCCACCAAACAAUUAAGCCGAACCUUGAGUAGAGCCACUCCCAUCCCUGAAUUCCUAAAACAGAUCCCUAAUUCGUGUGUUUCUGGUUGUUGCUGUGGCUGGUUAACUAAAACAGUUAAGGAAACAACCCGCACUGAACCCAUCAACACCACUUACUCUUACACUGACUUCCAGAAGGCAGUUAACAAACUCCUAACUACAUCCCUGUAA